AUGUCCUUUCGAAAGCGAAGAAACGACGAUGACAAUUCGGAUUGUGAAUCGGAUGACGAGCGAAGAAUUCCGGUUGCUGGAGACGAAGAGGAUGAAGAUGGACCAUCGGCAUCGAAAAAAUCGCGGAAUUUAUGGUCGGACAUGUUGUUGGAAGAGCAGUUGCUUGAAAAAGGGCAGAGUAUUAAUUUGGAGAAGGGACAGAAGAAACAGGUGGGGUUUUUUGGGAAUUAUUCACAUCAGAAUUCACAUUUGCCUGAAAGUUUCUGGUUUUUGACUCCAAAAACGUGGAAAAUUUUUAAAAUUUCUAUAUAAUUUUAGCGUCAGAAAAUCAAUUUCCUAACAAAAAUUUAAAAUUUUGGGGAAAUUCUGAUUUUCUGUAGAGGAAACUGAAAAAUUUUGAAAAUUAAAAAUUCCUCAUAUUUUAGAGUACAUUUCAUCGUGGUCCAGAAUCAUACGUCAUGCCAGCUGAUGCAUUUCAAAAGAAGAAACAAGAAGAAGCAAAACUCCAGGCCGCCAACGGCUCUUCUUCCUCUCAAUCAACAACAAUUCCACCGCCACCAGUUGUUGUCAUAACUCCAGCCAACGAUGAUCCAUUUGGCGAUGCGCCAAUUGCACCAGCCGAGAAUUUCGGUGUCAAAAAGUAUGAUCGAGAAGAGCAGUUGGCGAAAGAUGAUGGAAAUCGAGUUGGAUGGUGGUCUUCUGGACCGGGACAUGCAAAUAGAAAUAAUCGAAUUAUGGCGGGAAGAGAUAGGAAAGAGUCGCCACGAUUUGCACCUAAAACAUCCGAAUUGUUGUCGGAGAAAUAUUCACUUGCAUCGUUUUUGGCGUGCGAAUUGGAUAAGGAACAAAUGUAUGAUAUUGAUAAGGUAAAUGAUUUUUUGAAGAACUUCCAGAAACACUUUGUAAAAGUUUUGUGCUGAAAUUUGCUAAAAAUCAAUAGUUUCCUGAUUUUCAGCACAAUAUUUUUAUCUAGGAAAAUUCUAGAUUUUCAGCAAGAAAUUUCGGAGCUCAAAAUUUUGAAUUUUGUUCCCAGAAAUGUCUAUACUGGAAUUUUUCAUUGAAAAUUGCAGAAAAUCAAUAUUUUCCUGAUUUUCAGCACAAUAUUUUGAUCUAG